UGACGUAGACCGACGCGCACCUUCCUCCUCCUGCACGGGGGGCGCUACCACCCGCAUCUUCCACCACCUGACACUCGGGUUCGCUUUUACCCGCCUCGCCACAACCCAUCACACAGUUGGGUCAUUGCCCGGAGUCCCGCUGGUGGGCGUUCUCUCCCCCCCCGCCAAAGAAAGGGUAAAACGCGCUGGUGCAGUAGCCCACAGCUGGUUGCUCCCAUUCUUGACUGUGACGUCGAGGCUCUGAUUGGUGGAACGGGGUCACGUGACGCGUGGUCCCUACCGGGAGGAUCUAAAGAUGGCGGUUGCGGCGGUUGAGAUGAGGGAGUUGGAUUCGCAUUUGUUGCUGCACCCAGAGCUCCUGUCUGGGGACUUUCUGCUGCAACUCCUGGAGCAGAGAAAAAUAGCCACUGAUAACCUGCAUGAAGCUCGGAAGGAUCAGAUUGUUGAAGUGUACAUUCAACAUGUCAUUCCACUGCCACAGAGAGAGCUGCCCAAGAAUAGGUGGGGAAGAAAGAUGGCUGAGAAAAGAGGUCAACAGUCCAUGUGUACUGCACAAACUAAAAGACCAACACUGGAAGGCUCGAGGAAAAGACCGCUAAUUGUGUUUGAUGGCAGCUCUACAAGCACGAAAAUAAAGCUCAAAAAAACCGAAAAUGCAAUGGCAGAUCAACUAAAGCAGUCACCACCAGGAAUCAUGGGCUCCGCCCACAUUAAUAAACUGUCUGUCCAGCCAAGUGGCACAAAUAUUCUGACCGAUAAUAAUGUGGUCAAAAGUCCAGUUCAAGGUGUUGUACCUAGCAAUGAUAUGAUUACCGUGAAACAUGGAGGUGUUAUGCCUUUGAAAACCUCUCCAUUGCCUUACCCAACAUCUGGAGGCACCAAUCCCAUAAAACUAAAGCGAGCGCUUGCAAAAGAUGGAGAGGGAGAUGCACCAGUGGAGUUAAGAUCUACAGAGCCAAAGAAAAAGAUUCAACAUAUUACCUGGCCAUAAGGUCUGACAGUCCUGUUUUUACAGAGGAUGUGUUUCAUUUACAUUUUGAUGUUGUCAUGCCAACUAACAUGUUGGAAAUGGCAGACUGGAAAACCAACUGGGAGUAAGGCAUCCGUUAAGCAGUUAAUUGAUGUCCAUGAUCCGUUUUGGUUCUGUAAAAUAGACCAGCCAGUGAAGAGGUAUCUUUCACUGAACAAUUUUAUACCAUAAUACAAAUUUAUAUAGUUGCUUUCUGUUUGUGAAAGGAACAAGUUCACUUCUGAAUAGAAAUAGGAAUAUUCUGUCAGUCACAAAUCAGGUAUAAUACUUCACUUUAUGCACAAUUUACCCCCAAGUCUGCAUUUAACAAACUAUAUGUUUGGUCUAAAUUUGAGACACACUUUUAAAACCUUAAAGGUAAUUAAAACUCAUGCUUCUAUUAACAUUGCGUGAUAUUGUCAUUUUCCAAUCUUAAGUCAUGAGAACAUUGGUGUUUUAGUGUUGGCAACAAAAGUCUCGGCAAUUAAAAACGUAAUACCUGUAGUUGGUUUCUAUGAUGUACUAUUGGAAACUUAUGCCUCUUUAAUAAAUCCAGGGUGGAUGAUCUCUAUGAUGUUCAUUGGUUCUGCUAUAAAAUGUAAAUUUGGUAUAAUUGAUUAUUUCAUUGGUCACUGAAAUGUCCCAAAUUUUUAAAUUUCCUUGUCAGACAUGAUUAUGGUGUGUUCACCUGUAUGAAUGUAGGAAUAUUUACCUGAGUAACUUGAAAUCUCUUAAGUUGUUCAGUGUAUGGCUGAACUUCUGGAUUCAUAUCCAAACAUGUGAUCUAACAAUGCAGAAUCAAAAUUCAGUGCAAAUGUUUCUUCAUUUUCCUUUUACAGUAGUUUGCUAAUGAAGGGACCCAAAGGAUCCAGAUGCAAAAAAAAAGUUCAAUUUAUUAUAAUGCAUGGCCAUUUCUUAAGAAUGCCUCAGUUAAAUUAACAAAUGUUGAGUUACUUUCCACUCCCAUUGUUAUACAGUUCACUCAUUGAGUUUAAUACUUAUCUCAUGAGCAAGUCUGACUGAAGUGUAAGAAGCUGUCCUGAGUAUAUUCAUGGCAAGAAUACCAUUCGGGAUAAACAGCAUAUAACUUUUUAAAUUUUGUUGAUUGGUUGUCUUGUGCCCAUCAAGGUGAUGGAUAGUAGCGUUGUUAGGAUGUGAAACAGUUAUCCAUCACACUGGUCUGGUAUUGGUGUCUAACAGGCCAAGGUCAGAUAUAUUGUAACUAGCUGCCAUGUCUUUACUUUGCCUCAACGAUCUCUCUCUCAAUAAUGUGCCUUAACAUUCAGAAACACAAAUCUACUGCAUCAAUACAAUGCUUCCAUUUCCCUGAAGAACCAAGCCUGUGCCCUAAGAUUGGUAAUGAGUGCCAAAAUAUAUGUUCAGUUCAGCAGAUGAUCCAUCAAGUUAGGACAGCCAAAAAUUUGGUUUUGUCAGAAAGUUCACAAAUAGGAAGGAGGGAUGGAAUCAAAUCUAGCUGCUACAGGUGAAAAGUCAUACAUUAAGUCCCACAUUCCUAACAUGGUCGCAAACAGAUGUCUGUAUAUGUACUACUUUGCUGAAUUUACAUUACCAGGCAAUAUAAUUAAAACUGGUGCAUUCCAAAACUAUGAUGUGAGAAGGGUUGUGACUAUUAAUACAAAAAAAUGACAAGGUUUGUAGUGUCUCCCUUUAUAUAUUAUUUUGCACGGUAACUUUAACUAUGUCAGCAGAAAAAGCAGUUUUAUCAAGUCAGCAGAUCAACACUCCUGUCUAAGAAGGGAUUUUUGUUUUAAAAACCUAAAAGAUGUUCAAUAUUUUGCAAAAACAAAAGGGUCUAGACCUGCAACGUCAACUUUCCUGCUCCUCUGAUGCUGCUUGUCCUGCUGUGUUCAUCCAGCUGUAUACUUUGUUACCUUAGAUUUAUGUAGUGCCUUUCUUGACCUAGGAAUAUAGAAAGCACUUUACAAGCAAUGAAGUGCUUUAUGAAGCAGAUGCACUGGUGGGAAACAGCAGCCAAUUUUUGCUCAGCAAAGUCACACAAACUCUAAUACCACAGAAAUUGAUGUUUGAAGAAUCUCUUCAUUCUUCAAGUAAUGGCAUUUGAUCUUCUACAUCCUCCUAAGUAGGUAAAUGGGAUCUAGGUUUAGUAUCUUAGAAAGAUGGUGCAGCAUUUCCUCAUUAUCACACUAAAGUUUCAGCUUCGUUUGUGCUUGUUUCUGGAAUGGAACUCGGACCCACACUCUUCUGAUUGAAAGGCAUGUAUGCUUGUAUUGAACUAUAACAGGCACCAAAAGUGGACCCUUAAAUGAUGGCACAGAUGGGAACCUUGUGACAGUUAAUGCCUCAGAGACUAAAGCACUGAGUCUGUUUUGAACUAUAGGUGUUCCUGUUGUCUGUUAGUACCAUGAAACUAAACAAACGAAGCAGACUCCUCUGAAAUAAAAAUUAGAUAGCAGGCAAGCAGUUCUUGAGGGAGAUAAUCAAAUAGUAACAGGAAGAGUUGGUAGGGCUGAUUCUUAAAGUUAGAGGGAGUGUAUUGUGGUAAAAGACCUGGAGGGCAGUUUUAACCUAAUCUUGUGGUAACAUAUCAUUUUUGUCACUGUUAAUAUUGUGUCAAUCUCUUUAUCUAUUGCAUUGCCAUUAAAUUCUGCAUAUAGGUUUUGAGGUGAGCUGCAAAUUGCUGUAUAUAUUAUUCUUCAGACACAGUAAAUCAUAGCUGUCUUAUGCUCUGCUUUCUGAAUUAAUACUACCAUUAUGUACAAAAAGCUAUUGUUAACACUGAUAUUAAAUUUAAAUGCCUGUCAAAAUAAGCUCUGGGUUACCAAACUAUAUUGCAUUUAUCUUUGAACCCCUCUUGACUGCUACUUGAACUGUAAAUUACUUAUUUUGUUGGAAAUAGCAGAAGUUUACAUAACAUUGUUUUAGAUGUGUGUAAUUUUUGUAUGAGUGGUAAAAAUAAUCAUGACUUU